AUGAUCCUUGCAGCUGCCACCGGGAGGUGGUUCUGGAUAGUUCUAGUCUUCUUGGUGGGAGUCGACCAUGUGCAGCCUACUCCCGUCGCAACCUUGACGGCAUUGUUGCCCGAUGUCAUGGCGGAUUUCGAAAUCAAUUGGGAGACGGGAGACCUUGCCACCGUGUCGCCGUCUACCCGCACUGCGUACCUCUUUCGCCACAACGACCUGUUCCAAGAAGUCGGAACGGGAAACAACAUCUCGGCCAGCAUGAAUGAGACUGUUUGCCAGACGCCAGUCUCUAUCAGUUAUAAACGCUUCAAUAUGCUUCCAUAUUAUGCCGUGGCGUGUACAGAAGAGUCUGAAAUCUACAUUAUCGAUGCCCUGGGCUUCACAAUUGUGGCCGUCAUCUCAAUCGAUGGUCUCGGGGCGUCCAGCAUCGUAUCCUCGCGCAAUCCCAAUGAUCCCUUUUAUUACUACUUUUACGGCGCUGGUCACGACUCUGUACUGGCUGCAAUUGAUGUGCGAACCAUGAGCAAUGUGGGCCAAGUCUAUUAUGACAGCGUAAUGGAUGGAGCAGUGUCUGUGGAUGGGACAAUUCUCUACAUUCGUGGGUCAUGGUCCCCCUCGGGUCUAGAAUCCAUUCGGCUGGUCAAUGCUGUCGACACGACUAACAGCACUCUGGUCGCGGGCGACUUUUCACGGCCAGAGUUUUACCAAGAAUACUAUGAACACGUCAACGUAGCUCCGUUCGUGCCGGAUACUCUGGGGCAAAUGACAGGAGUUGGAACAGUUAUCCUCUCGAGGACACUGGAUCGUCAACUGGGUAGUUUGGACUUCCCCGUCAUUGCAUGGGGAGAUGAGAGCAAGUACAUCUUUGGUUGGGCCUAUCCAGAGGGUGAAUGGUGGUUCCACGGCUAUGAUUAUCUAGAGCAGGACGCUCCUGUCAUAGGCAUUUCCGUUGCGUCAUAUACUUCUUUCGAACCUGAUCCCGCACCUAGCAAUGAAACCCACAGCAAUACUGGCAUGGCUAUUCCCAGGGACUUUUUUGAUCUAGAGCUGCCCGAGAUUCCACGGGGGGCCAACAAUCCAGGAGACUUCAAGCGCAUCGAACACCGAAAGGAGCUAUUGCCAGUUGAUCUCAAAGAUGAACUGAUACUGGCGUUUGGGAAUCGAGUCAGCGUCAUUCCGUAUCCAUGUUUGCUGGGCGAAGAUGUCAUCACACUUUCUGCCAAUACGACCGUCAUAUACGUCGGAAUGGGAAUCCAGAUUAUUCAGAUCGAGGUACGGCAGGGUGGAUCCUUGGUGAAGAAUGAGUAUCAAGUCACAUUUGAAGAUUUACCUGGAGGAGCUUCAUUCGAUCCAUUCAGUGGCUUUUUGGCGUGGCAACCAACAGAAGAGAACAUUGGGCCGUUGGAACUCACUGCAUCGCUCACCCCUGCAGGUGGGGUGCACAGCAAGAGCGUUUGUACGUAUUCUCUUAGCCUGAACGUGACCAACCCAACCAUUCAGCUCCCCUUUGUUCCGACCAGGCUCAUUGUGGAUGACACAGAAAUGGUGGCAGCUGGCUGGCAUACCUGGGACGGGGCUCGCAGUCGGAUUGCCUUGAUACCUAUACGUGACGGCAUCAAAGCGGAAGUGCAGGUCAGGGAAUUCAACUACGAUGUCGUCCAUGUCUUUCUUUCCAGCAAAAGAUUAGGGGUAGCACGAAACCAACGAAGCAACAACCAGAGCAUGCAGCUUCGUAUUUUUGAUAUUUCCAACAAUGAGUUUGUGGAGAUCACGACGCUCUACAUUCCUGUUUCCAAUGGUCAGAGCCAGGAGUUCUCGGAUUGGUCAAUGGUUGGGAGCACAUCUCUUCAGGUGGUAGUCGACAACACACGAAUCCUACAUUAUGACUUGGAUACCUUUGAGUUGACGGAAGAAGAUCUAUACUACGCAACUACAAUUCCCAACAGCGACAGUCCGUUACGGGAAGGGUACAUCAAAGACGGUAUUCUCUACAACCCUUUAAACGGAAAGCCUGCCGUUGUGCUAGACCAGGGUCCCUUCCCUCUCGAAGACAAUAGACGUCCGGCUUACCUUGGCUCUUCCAUCCCAUCAUGGCCUUUUGAAGUUCCCAAGUACCUCAAUGACAAUGACAUGGUUGUAUUCUACCAGGCAGGUGUCUGUCUUCAGUUGGAGGCAGUGAUUGAAGAGACCUUUCGUGAAGGCGAGACGCAGCGUACUGCAAAGGUCCUUCUUUGGAUGAUAGACCUCAACGGUAACAUCCUGGGUACUAAGACUGUUCGAAACGAAGGCACUGAUGACAGUAUCUUUGCCUAUGAUGUAAGGAAUACAUUGGCAGCUGGCCAUGACAUGGUCUACAUUACAUUUCGAGAUUCCUUCUAUUGGUACAGCCCAAGCGAUUUACUGGGAGACAGGUUCGGAGACAGGUUAAGUCUACCAAUCCAACAGUCCACCCCAGCUGCACACUUUGCUCCGAAUCAGACCCAUUUUUGUGUCACUGGCGAAGGACAAUUCGAAUUGGACCACACAGUAUUGGAUGGGGAGGGACCUUUCCAGUUUUUCUUCUCAACGGCGAUUACUUCCGACCUGAAUGAUGUCAUUCGAAUGGACAGGACGGACGGAAGAGUUCUGCUUGAAGGAGAUGCUUUCAAGACAAAAGCAAUCAAUGACCUUGUACAGCAAUACAGUACACAGGAGGGCGGACUCGUUCAACUUCUGUCUGCUAGUCGGAAACGCAGUGAGCCAACGGCCUAUCUCGACGACUGUCUGGCACCUGGUGAGCUUCCUGUGUCUCUCGAGAUUGCAAUUCAAGCCGUUGAUCAGAAGGGAGACAUUGCCUCCAUAAACUACUUUGUACAAAUUGGGGUGCCCUAUGAAGAAGUGGCACCGGUAGUAUUGGCACGGCAACAGCAGCUAGCGGCCCAGAACUCAACAGGUACAACCGAUGCGCGGGCACCACCAACAGAAGGAGGAGACAAAGGGGAACAAGGCGGAGCUUACUCAGAACAGAGUGAUGGUUGGAACACAGUAACGCCUCCUCCAAUCUACACGUCACCUGAAGACGCCGAGGCUGCUGCUACCGCCUAUGCAGCAGGUCCAGGCCCGUCGUCCCAGGGUUUUGCUUUCCGUGGUUCACUUGAGCCAUUUUCCAUCCUCGUGUUAGCCGUCAUGGUUUCGUUUCGAGUUUCAGUGUGA